AUGCUGCCACAUUCGUGGAUUUUUGGACAUCUGCACCAUAUCGGCAAAACCAUGGCCAAAUAUCCCAGUGAUGUUCAUGGGCAAUAUAUGCCUCUCCUCCUUGCCAAAGACCACCCAGAAUUGGAGGUGCCUGGGCUCAUGUACAUCGAUAUCUGGCCUAUUGCGCCCCCAAUGCUGGCCGUAUUCCAUCCUGAUAUGAUGGCUGGAUUCACGCAGACCACCUCGCUUCCGAAGCAUCCGUCACUGGCGGGUGAGUUCAGGCCUCUUACGCAACUCAAUGACCUCCUCAACAUGUCGGGAGAUACAUGGAAGACGUGGCGAGGCAUUUUCAAUCCGGCAUUUUCUGUCAAGAAUAUUCUGUCACUCGUACCCGCCUUCCUUGAGGAGAUUGAUGUCUUUGUUGAUCAACUUAAGGGUGCUGCAGAAUCUGGGAAAGUUUUUAGGCUUGAAGAUAAGGCCAUUAGCUGCACGAUCGAUAUCAUCGGUCGGGCUAUCCUGUAUGCGCGCGCUUUUACUUAUCACCUACUUAAACCUUCACUAACAGCCUACCUCGAUAGUGACAUUCGUCUCCAUUGCCAAACGAGCAAGAACGAGCUACAAGAGACAUUGAAGCGACAGAUUGCCUUGAUGUGGACAAGCAAUUCCCCCGAUCAACUAGUCAUGGCUCUCAACCCACUACGCCUUUUUCGCAUGUGGAAUAACAACAGGGUCAUCAAGAAUUAUCUCCGACCACAUAUCGAACGAGGAAUACAUGAGCAUCUGAAUGGCGAAUCAACCGGACACAAGACCAUCAACUCUCUAGCCACCAAGGCUUACCUCUCCGAACAAGAUUCUUCCAAGACCAACACAGUCGAUGCGGACGAACAUUUCAUGGACAUCGCCAUUGCCCAGAUAAAGAUCUUCCUGUUCGCGGGACACGACACUACAGCGACUGCUCUCUCAUACUCCUACUACCUCCUCAACACAAGCCCAUCAGCACUAGCCUCUCUCCGUGCUGAACAUGACGCCGUGCUCGGCCCUAAUACAAGCACAGCCCGAGCCCAAAUCGCCGCCAACCCAGCCCUGCUCAACCAGCUCCCCUACACAUCGGGCGUCAUCAAAGAAACCCUGCGCCUGUUCCCACCCGUCGGCACAAUCCGCAAAGGCCAGCCAGCCUUCUACCUAACCCACCCAGAAACAGGGAAGCAGUACCCCACAGAUGGAUUCAUGUUAUUCGGACUGAGUUUCGGCGUCCAGCGAGCAGAGGAGUUCUGGCCCCGAGUCACGGAAUUCCUGCCCGAGCGCUGGCUCGCAAAAGAGGGCGAGCCGCUGCAUGUACGGAAAAACGCAUGGCGGCCCUUCGAGCAGGGCCCCCGGAACUGUAUUGGCCAGGAGCUGGCCCAGAUUGAGCUGCGAGCGAUCCUGGCGCUUACGGUGCGUGAAAUGGAUAUUGAAACUGUUUUCCCUGAUGACUCACCUGUUGUGUUUGGGGAGAAGGCGUAUCAGGUUAUGGAGGUUGGUAUGAUUACUGGGCAUCCGAAGCUUGGAAUGCCGGUUCGGAUUAAGAUGAGGGGUGAGAGUUCGGGAGGUUUCAGUUAG